AUGAAGCUUGUAUCAUCGACUAUUUUACUAAAUGCAUUUCUUUUGUUAACUCGACAGAUUUUUAAGAAUAGUUGCUCUUUCCCACGGCUAGAAAUAAAACAGCUAGCAGAAACAAAGUCCUUGGCAAAGACAGAAAAAUAUCUGGCUCUAUCGUAUAGGAAUUAUUUUGCAAAAUUUUUUUGCUUGCCACAACGUUUCAAUCGGAUCAAUGACGCGAGGCUCUCGCAACACAUUCAAGAAUUACGUAAAACUUAUUUCGAAGAUAUUGAUGUCUUAAAUGACCCCAAUAAUGCUGCAGAUGAUGUUUUGCACAGAAUUGUUCUCAUUUUAAAAAGAACUUCAAGAGAACAACUAUUGAAAGAAGGACCAACGCUUCUAGUACCUUGUUCUAUAAAAGUCCUCUUCCAUUAUGAGUAUGGUCUUCCUUAUAAAGAAGGUCUCUGCGAUUGGAAACAAAGAAGACACUUAAAAUUGGCCAAAGAAUCAUAUUACAAUCUGUUAAGAUCUUUUGUACCGGAGAAAUCCAAGGAACUUGUGAAAGUCGUUAUAAAAACAAUUCACAAAGGAAAGUUGUGGUUAGUGGAAGAUUUUGCCUAUGACCUAUUGUGGACUCUCCUAGAAUUAAACGUUUCUGGUUUCACGGUGGUUCAAAGGAUCUUAAAUAAACUAGAGAUGCUUGAUAAUGAUAUCCCAGACGCAAGAGCUAUCGUGAGAGUGUUAUACGAACUGCUGAACGUGUAUCAUUGGCCUGAAGAUAUGAAAACUAUAGCGGUAGUCGAGAGGCUUUUGAAGCUUUUCCAUAAGAGCAUGGUAGCAGCAGAUGGAAAUGAUCCUCCUUAUGGAUCCCUCAGGAAAGGAUUGGAAGUGUGCGUUAGACAUAUUCUACAACGUCUUCCGAAUGAUCAUCUCCUAGUGGCCAUCAGACAUAUGUGUCUUUGGACAAUGAAGAAUGAGACUAAUGAUGAAACUAUAUUAGAUUUUGGAAGCACUCUUGAAUACGCUGCCUUUUUGCAUAACAGCAGUUCAUACGAGAAAACUUUGACUUCUGAAGUGUUUCCGAUGCUAAUGCACAUGAUAGGAUCAACAAACAGAUUAGCAAAUCUAUUAGGUAACAGAGUACUGCAAUAUCUUCUGGAUAGAAACAACAAUAAACAUCAAUUUGAUACACCAAAGAUCUUCUUCGAGAAUACGCAGUUUGAUCUAUGCAUUGGUAAGUAUAAUAGGAAGGAUAAAAUCUUCCUGAAAACGUACCGCGAAGAACUUCAUGACUGUCUUGUCAAGAGUGUGAUCAAUCAUUGCUCAACUAGAUUGAAUCUUGAAGCCACUUACUGCACAAUAUGUCUCCUGGCAGUGGAAGUACCUUGUGGAUUUACAGCAGCAUCUACAGUGUGUUUGGCUAUGAACCUGCAGGAGUUGACCUUAGAAAGAAAGGAUCUAUCACGGGAAGUGUCCUUCCACGUUCAUGCCACUGUUAUGGCUAUUAUGUCUCUUCUAUGCUGGGUUCAUCAUGCUAAAGUAUUUUUUAAUUAUAUUAAUAAGAUUAUGAUGGAACGAGCUCAGUGGGCACCGCACUUAAAUCCACCGUUACAGUCGCGAUACGAUUUUGCUAUCCAUCACAUUCUUUGGGACAAGCCUGAAUUUUUCUUCGUUGAUUGGGAAACGCGUUACGGCCUUUGGAAGUGUUUUAGACUAAAAGAAGAACGGCGUAGCGUCAUCAGUUCCCACUAAGACUGUCCAGGAGAUAACGACGAUGAUGAUGAUGA